CUAUCACAAAUCUAAAGAGGCAACAACUCUUUUAUUAUUCUUAGAAAAAAACAAUAACUAACUAGUUUUUAAGCAAAUACAGGGACUACAGCUGUAUCACAGCUGUUGUUAUCAGACUGCUGCACAACUAAAAAUGCAGUGUUUAUUUUGAAGCCGUGAAUCGGCAUCUUCUGCCGCACAAGGGACAAAUGCAUAUUUUGAAGAUUUACAGUCCAAGGCAUAUUUUGAAGACUUCAGUCAAACUAAGCAAGCAUCUUCAUCAAUGCUUGGUUUAGAUUUAAGUUCUUUUCUGGUUGAAAUGCUUAGGUGUCUCCUGAUUCAACUCGCGUGCGUUCCAUGGAGAAAAUACAACACAGGCAUGUUGAUGUCAAAGGACUCAAAUUACAUGUUGCUGAAAUCGGCUCAGGUCCAGAUGUGCUGCUGUUGCGUGGAUUUCCUGAAAUCUGGUAUUCUUGGCGUUAUCAGAUGCUUGCGUUGGCAGAUUCAGGGUUUCAUGCAAUAGCUCCUGAUUUCAGAGGCUAUGGACUCUCUGAUCAGCCUUCUGAAAUUGAGAAGGCCGGCUUUGUAGAUCUUGUGGAAGACCUGAUUGGUAUUCUUGAUGCCUUCAGUAUUCAAAAAGUAUUUGUUGUGGGUAAGGACUUUGGAGCAAUGGUUGCAUAUUAUCUGGACCUUCUACACCCUCAUCGAUUGAGAGGAAUGGUAAUGAUGGGUGUACCUUAUACGAGACCAGGUCCACAAUCCUUUGCGAUGGACAAGUUUCCUCGAGGCUUUUAUAUCAGACAAUGGCAGGAGCCUGGAAGGGGUUUGGCAGAUUUUGGGCAUUUUGAUUUAAAAACUGUGGUAAGGAAUAUAUACACACUUUUCUCAAGAAGUGAACUGCCAGUGGCAGAGGAGGGCAAAGAGAUCAUGGACCUUUACGACCCUGCAACUCCCUUGCCUGCUUGGUUUACUGAAGAUGACCUCAAAAUGUACUCAAGCCUGUAUGAGAAAUCAGGAUUUGCUUUCCCUUUGCAAGUUCCUUACAUGGCUAUGAAAAGGAACUGGGGGAAAUUGGGGGAAAUAACAGAUUAUACUAUUCAAGCUCCCACCCUUCUGAUCAUGGGUAAUAAGGAUAUUGUUCUAAAACUUGAAGGUGUGGAGUCUUAUAUUAAUCAGGGAAUGCUCAAGGAUGAUGUGCCCAAUCUGGAGAUCAAAUUCUUUCCUGAAGGAAGCCAUUUUGUUCAGGAGCAGUUCCCUGAGGAGGUGAAUAAGAUUACCAUUGAUUUUCUUAAGAAGCAACUGCUAUCAUAAAUUCUGUAUCGUCUUAUAAAUUUUAUCGUGGACUGAUCAUGGUGUUAGUUGGGAAGAUGCUAGUUAUAAUUUAAAUAAUCAAAUAUCAGAGCUUGAGUAUGCCUGAUUUAUGUUUACUCCAUGGUAGAAGUAAUAGGGCAAGGGGUUAUGUUGUACUUAUUGAAUAAUAACUCUAUGUAAGGUGUCUUUAAACACCACUUCAACAUCAAGGGGAGUAGAGUGUUCAAGAAUUUUCUCUUGUCUCCUGAUUUUCCAUUGAAGA